AUGGCGACGGGCGUAUCGCUCCGACCUCAGAAAAAUAUGGCUCCACCGCGACAGCGACGACGAUUAUCAGCGCCUCCAGCACCGUCACACCUCGCUGCACUCGGCUUCCGCCUCCACCAUUCCACAGACGUUGCGCGCCCAGCGAGGACAGUCGACGCAUUGGACCUUUCCUCAGCAUCACCAACGCAGACUCUGGCUUCCUUACGAUGGCUAGUGCUCACGUACCUCGAGAGCCUCGAAACGAGGUUGUUAGGGAUGGCAGGAAUCGGCGUGAGCAACCCGACAUCCUCGGGCCAGGCGACAGCGGCACUGCCCUCCGCCCCCACGUUGGAGGACGCGCGACAAUGGGCCAAGACAGCGCUCGACAUGUUGAGCAACAUUCGCUCCGAAGUCGUAUCGCAUUUCCCGUCCCUCAACGCCCAGCUCCCCAGCGCCGAGACGGGCUACCUCGACGUCCUCGCGCACGUUCGAACCUACCUCCCCGAUAUCGAACUCCCUCAGCUACCCGAAUGGCCACAAGUCCCGACCAUGCCCCAAAUGAUUGACGAAGAAACGCUCGAUAACGCCCGCACACGUUUUCACGACAUUGAUUUGGAGUUUCAUCCCAAGUAUAUCGAAACGUUAUCAACCCAUUUGACAACCUUACGGGAGCACCUCGCUUCUGUUUCUUUCCCGUUCCCCACUUCGCCAUUCAACCUGUCAUCUACCGACUUUGCUUCGUGGCCGACCUUUGCGUCGGUUGCAGAAGGUCUCGAGGCGCUCGUCAUGGAAGUCCGAUCAAAGUUGGAGGAGGGUCAAGAGGAGAGUGACGAUGGCAAACUCAGGCCGCCAACGACAAGACAGAGACGCAAGAGCAUCGUCGCUCUUGGUAGCGAGUACCUCUCUGACGUUCGGGACGGCUUCGAGGCCAACGUCGAAGCGAUGCGCGAACAACAAGAGGAAAUGAUGGAGACCCUUGGCGAACAGUUCGAACACAUGCGGGAAGGUUUCGAUCAUAUGAAGGAAAACCUCGCCCAUAUGCGAGAGAACUUUAACCACGAACUCGAUAUCAUUGGCCACGAACUCACCGCCAUUCGCGACGGCAUUGGCCACGAAUUGGAUGUCCUCAAAGAUGAGUUUGAGGUUAUGGCCUUGGAAAUCAAGCGCGCUGUGCAGCGUAGCUUGCACGGUGUUCACCUCAUCAGCUACCAUGACCUUCCACACGACUGGAAGAACAACCCUUUCGUGGUGCAUGGGUAUCGCUUUAUUCCCAUCGAAAGAUGGGGGCUGCUCGUUCGCAGUGUUUUCGAAUUCCACAACGAAACACUCAACAUCCACACGCACCUAGUCCCCUUCCUCAUCUGGUUCUCCAACCUCGUCUUUUUCAACCUAUCCGCAUCCUACAUCCACUCGCUUUGGGCCUCUGUCAAAACCACAUCUGCUCCGUAUCUAGACACCAUCCAUCAGACACUUGCAUCCCAUAUACCCCACACCACAGCACUACCCCCAUGGUUGGAAUUCAUCGCAUCUUACACUACAUCCAUCACCCUAUCUAUUUUUUCUAUUCUCUCCACCUGCUAUUACGGUAUCACUUCGUUCUUUGCAUCGUUACCUACCCCUCCCUUCCCGCUCGCGAUCACUCCGUUGAUUGAAGCUCGGGGAGCUACCAAGCUUCUUGAGACUUCGAAGAUGGAGGAUCCGAUCGAGUAUGCGUUCAUGUCGUUUGCUUUGAUGUGCUUGUUUGCGAGCGCGGUUUGGCAUACGAUGAGCGGGUGUGCGGAUAAAAGGAGUGUGGAGUUUUGUGCGAGGUGUGAUUAUAUCGGUAUUGGAUGGUUGAUCAGUGCUACGGUCGCCACCAUUGUGCACUACGGAUUCCAGGACUGCCAUCCGACGCUAUCCUACUGCUUCUUGGGGCUUUGCCUCCUCACGGGUGUUCUGGGUAACAUAUUCCCUUUCAUGAAGUGGUUCAACAUGCACGAGUACCGACUAUAUCGCGUCGCGUUCUUCGUCGCGAUGGCCUUCUCGGGCUUGGCUCCGAUGGCACUACUGGGUUUCCUCCACUCCUGGCGCGAGAUGUACGAGUUUGUCUGCGUAAUCUUCCCCUCGCUCCUCUCCUACAUCAUCGGUCUCGUCUUCUACGCAACGCACGUCCCCGAACGAUUCCUCCCACCCAAUAUCCGACAGAAACUCGACGUGAUUGGAGGAAGCUCGCAUGCCAUUUGGCAUUGUUUCAUCGUUUUGGCGGUUAGCCAGCAUAAAGCUGCUAUUGCGUUGUUGAAGAUGGGUGUGCAGUGUCGUGCUUAA